AUGUCACCUUGGGCCUCUCUGGGAAUGUCGACAAUUGGUCCCCAGGAAACCGAGGGGAUCGAGCUAGAAUGCAGGAUCCUGGGAAGUAUUGUGGAAGACUUUCCGAUAUACGUCGGUCUUAUUGAGCACUAUCUAGAAAGCAGCAUGGUCCGUGUUGUACCUCGUAUUUUUGUCAAUAUGCUCUUGGAAUGUCUUGCAACUCUUAUAGAGAAGAAUAACCUAAGGGCGUACGCAUUACUGGAUUUGGCGAAAAACGUCAGAUCUAGUACAGCUUUUCCAGUGAGAUACGACACAGGGGGCGUGAGCGACAGCUACUUUGGCUGUUAUUUAGGGGACAACCUACGUUGGGAAGCCUUGGGAAUAUACUUCACGCUGGUAGCGUCGUCUAUGAUCAUGUAUAUCCCUCCAAGCCCUCUGCGCGAUAUUCAGAGGAAUCUCAAGGAUCGCAUUCCUAAGUUGAUUGAGGCGUCCUCCUCUUGCAUAGAACUUUGGCACUUCCAAACAUGGAGACGACUUGUUGAACUUAGCGGCGUUUUCUUCGAAUCUAAGGUGCACCAACCUACCCGAUAUGACAAUGGAGUCCUCCGUUAUAUCUACGAAAUGCACCGCCGCCUAGUUUCGGCCAUUUAUAUCAUCGAUAAGUCGGUAUGUACUGUUAUGCAUCGCCCACCUCUAAUCGGUCGUUUCUUUUGCGAAUACGGCUUUCCGUUGGAUCUUGACGAUGCUGUACUAUUUUGCCUGCCAGAUCAAGGUCGUGUGGACCCUCCACAGCUUGAUAUACACGGUUGGUCGAUUAACGAAGGGUAUUGUGCAGCAACAUGGCUUCGACUACGAAACUUCUUCAGCACCUUCCGUGAAGAUCUAUUGAAGCUCUCACAGUGUAACCAGAACGAGACCAACCGUUGGUUCGAUGCUGCGAUUAAAGGACUUCCCCAGAAAUUGUCACUAGUAUGGCAAAAUCUUCCCCAGCAUGUGAAAUACUCAACCGCCGACCUAGAAAAAUGUACCGAGAGCCAACGCUUCUUCUUGGCAGUAACCUCCCUAGAAUUCCUUCUCAUCAAACUCCAGACCGAGUUCUAUCUCUGCUCGUACACCAAUCGCGAACGUAAUCUUCUGAUUUCUGAAGCGCAGAAUCUCGUCGCGACUGUUCUCGGGAUGAUUGAAUCGUCGCAACGUCUGCGGCCAUUCCCUGAAGAACAUCCCCGGGCGAUACUUCAGUAUGCCAUGCCGGCUGCGCAUAUCCUUAUUUAUCAAGUAUCCCGGGAAACAUCGCCUACGGUGGCUGGCGAUACCCUCGAGGACUUUUCGGCUUUUCACACGAUGACGUACUUGACCGAGUUCAUGUCGCAUCUGGGCGCAAAUUCCGAUCCGCUUUGUCCUGCGUAUAAGAGACUCUCAGAUAAGUUUAAAGCCGCUUCAGCCAGAUUUGAGGGUUCGGCCAGUGGUAACGCCGUCGCGAUGGAUGGGGAGAGCUCGUGGGCAUCCUGGGCUCAGAGAACUAUUGGUACAACUGAGUUCUUUACGAUUCUUGAUGAUUCUUACGUGCGCUUGUAGGGUGUGGUAACCUCAUGGUGAGAGUCUAGUUUUCGAUUCUAGGAGGAUGGGUCGCUCUUCUUGGAUGGCAGUGAGCUAUGUGAGCAGAAGUGGGUUGAGUAGGAUGAUACACCAGGAAAUAACAAAAUGUAUUCUGGUAUGAAUGGUGCUAUUUUUGCCUUGUUGACGAUAUCCUAAGUAGAUAGGCAAACAAUGAAGGGCAUACCCCGCGAUGAUUAUGUACACUGAAGUGGGUAGGCAUGUGUGAAACAAUGAAACCCGGUCGAGAUAGCGCCAUUGCCGGUAGAAAUAAGGUCGAAGAUGGAGUAAGUUGCAUUCGAUAUAACCAAUAAAGCUGUCUUGCUCACAUAAUCCAAGAGCUUCUAUACCUAUGGAAUUCGACCGUAGGCCGCCGGAGUUCUGAAUCCCGUCAAUGCCGGCAAGUUCCGGUGACUCAAGGCAAAAGGACCUGGCUGAGAAUACGGAGGUAGGAUUUGACAAGCAUUUGAAAGUGGAAUAACACGGAGCUCAUUAGGUCCGUUUCGCCGUUCUCAUUAGUAUCUCGAGAUCUCAAGAGUGGUCGAGUCUGAUGGUGAGGUUAACUUUUGGCUCAAAUAG